GUGUCCCCUGUCCCUGGGCGCUGCUUGAUGGGGAUCUCUGCUGCAGGAGCAGGCUCUGCACUCCCGGGCGGGCGAGCAGGGCUGGCACAGCUCACUCCUAGAUGCUGGAAAGGCCGUGUGGAUAAGCUGCUGCUGGCAGAAGAUCCCUUCUGGAGCAGCUGCUGGCUGUAGGCCCAGCGAGCCAAGGGUCAGGAGAGCCUGUCCUGCAGCAUGGCUUCCAAGCUGGAGCACAAGGAGACCCCCCAGGCCAACGGGGCCGUGCCCGGGGACUGCCUGGCCAGCCCGGAGCGUGCCCAGCCCUCGGAUUUCCUGGGCACCGACGGCACCGGGGUGGAAGUGGUGGUGCUGGAGUCCCGUGCCAACGCCAAAGGGGUGAGGGAGGAGGAUGCCCUGCUGGAGAAUGGCAGCCAGAGCAACGAGAGCGAUGACACCAGCACGGAGCGCGGCGCCGAGCCCGCCUCGCCCCUCAAGGAGACCUCGUUCUCCAUCGGGCUGCAGGUCCUGUUCCCCUUCCUCCUGGCUGGCUUCGGCACCGUGGCUGCUGGGAUGGUGCUGGACAUUGUGCAGCACUGGGACGUCUUCAAAUACGUGACUGAGGUGUUUAUCCUGGUUCCUGCUCUGCUGGGCCUGAAGGGGAACCUGGAGAUGACGCUGGCAUCUCGCCUGUCCACUGCUGCUAAUAUUGGCCAAAUGGAUACACCCAAAGAGCUCUGGAAGAUGAUUACAGGGAACAUGGCUCUCAUACAGGUCCAGGCCACCGUGGUUGGCUUCCUGGCCUCGAUUGCAGCCGUGGUGUUUGGGUGGAUCCCCGAUGGGCACUUCAGCAUGGACCACGCCGUGCUGCUGUGUGCCAGCAGCGUGGCCACUGCCUUCAUUGCUUCCCUGGUCCUGGGCAUGAUCAUGAUCGGGGUGAUCAUUGGCUCCAGGAAGAUGGGGAUCAAUCCUGACAACGUGGCCACGCCGAUUGCUGCCAGCCUGGGGGACCUCAUCACGCUGGCUCUGCUCUCAGGGAUCAGCUGGGGCUUGUACAAGGAGCUGGAGAGCAAAGCCUACGUGAACCCCUUGGUGUGCGCCUUCUUCAUCUCCCUGCUGCCCCUGUGGAUCGUGGUGGCCAAGAGGAAUUCAGCCACGAGGGAGGUGCUGUACUCGGGCUGGGAGCCUGUCAUCAUCGCCAUGGCCAUCAGCAGCGUUGGGGGGCUGAUUUUGGACAGGACGGUGUCGGAUCCCAACUUUGCCGGCAUGGCCGUUUUCACACCCGUCAUCAAUGGUGUGGGUGGCAACCUGGUGGCAGUGCAGGCCAGCCGCAUCUCCACCUACCUGCACAUGAGUGGGGAGCCUGGAGACAGCCCUGGCCCGGCCCCCAGGAGGUGUCCCAGCCCCUGCAGCACCUUCUUCAGCUCAGACGUGAACUCCCGCUCUGCUCGUGUGCUCUUCCUGCUGGUGGUGCCGGGGCACUUGGUGUUCCUCUACACCAUCAGCUCCAUGCAGGGGGGACACACCACGCUCACCCUCAUCUUCAUCGUCUUCUACAUGACAGCAGCGCUGCUCCAGGUGCUGAUCCUGCUCUACAUCGCUGACUGGAUGGUGCACUGGAUGUGGGGCAGGCACCUGGACCCUGACAACUUCUCCAUCCCCUACCUGACAGCCCUGGGGGACCUCAUUGGGACAGGGCUCCUGGCCCUCAGCUUCCACGUGCUCUGGCUCAUUGGUGACCGGGACUCUGAUGUUGGGGAUUAAAUCCCUCUGCUCCUCCCU